AUGUCAUCAUUACCAACUUCAGAUGGAUUUCACCAUCCAGCCCAUCCUUCAGGACAGAGUCCUGAGAUUGGUAAUCCUACGAGUCUUGCUCACUCUGUCUCUGCUUCAGUCUGCCCUGUCAAGCCCAGUGACCCAGACAGCAUUGAACCUAAAGCUGUGAAGGCUGUGAAGCCUCCAGCUGAACUCCAGAUAACCUCUGAAAAGAAAGAACAUCUGCGCCUCCAGGAGUUUCCUGAGUGUGCUUCUUCAGCAGACAGUGCUCCAGCAGACCAGAGUCCAGCCAUGCCUUCGCAGAAUUCAUCUGAAGAAGCCAUUGUUGCAGAUAAUCUGGAGAAAUCUGCUGCGAGAAGCGCCCAGGGCCUCAAAUCUCAUCUCCACACAAGAAAGGAAGCUAGUCUAUCUGUCACAACUACCAGGAUGCAAGAACCACAGAGGUUUCUAGGUGAAAAGGGUUGGCAUCCAGAAUAUCAGAAUCUGAGUCAAGUAAGUGGCCUUCAACAGCAUGAAGAACCAGGGAAUGAACAGCAUGAGGUUGUACAACAGAAUGCUCCACAUGACCAAGAACGUCUUUGUAACACAGGGGACCUUGAACUUUUUGGAGAAAGGCAACAGAAUCAACAAAAAAGUGUUGAUUUGGAAGCCAUAGUGAAAGGAGACAGUCUACAGCAGAAUGUGGACCUUCCAGGUACAGAGAAAAAUAUUCUGCCUUCAGGAUGCUUUGGCUGCUCAAAUUCAGAAACACUUAUGGAAGUGGAUAUAGUUGAACAAUCCCUAGUUGCUGUGCUUAAUUCAGCAGGCAGUCAGAAUGCCGGUGUUAAGAACAUCAGUGCAUCUGAUCUCGCCUUAGAUGAUCCCUUGAUGGAAAUAGAAACAACAAAAUGUAACCCUUCAUCUGAAAUUUUGAGUAAUUCCAUUUCCACUCAGGAUUUACAGCUCCCAGAAAGUAAUGUUGAAAUGUCUGGAACACAUAAAGAAUUUGAGGAUGGCUCCCCCUCCUUAAAUCUCUGUGGCAAUUUUCAGCCCUCUGUGGAGUCAACAGAGGAAUCUUGCUCAUCUCUAACAGCAGCCUUGAAGGAACUUCAUGAACUUUUGGUCAUUAGUAAGAAACCAGCUUCAGAAAAGACAUGUGAAGAAGUUAUCUACCAAUCAGAAAUGGUAACUGAGGACCAAACAAGUAUUAAGGACCUUUCUGAAAGAUGGACCCAAAAUGAGCAUCUUACAGUUACCCAGAAGGAACAGUGUUCACAAGUCUCCUUUCACCAGGCCAUAUCUGUAUCAGUGAAGACAGAAAAGUUAACAGACACUUCAACUGAUGCUGGAAUAGAAGAUGUGGAAAACAUUGACUUCAGGGGUCCAGGUGAUGGCCUAUUAACUGAUAAGGAAAAUGUCCCCAAGUCUAGGGAAUCAAUAAACGAGAGCAGUUCUGUCACUCCAGCCUCAGCUAAAACGUCUAAUCAAUUAUCUUGCACCUUAGGUGUAGAAAUUUCACCCAAACUUUUAGCAAGUGAGGAGGAUGCACUCAAUCAAAUUUCUGAGCAAACUAAGUCCUUGUCAUCCAGUUUCAUAUUGGUUAAAGAUUGGGGUCAGGGCACACAGAAUCCAGUGACAGACAGGCCUGAGACCAGAGAGAAUGUCUGUCCUGAAGCUGCAGGGCCACUUCUUGAAUUUGAACCACCUACCAGCCAUCCAUUAUCAAGUCCCUCCAUUCUUCCACGAUUAAUUUUUCCUGCUGCAGACAUUGACCGUAUUCUCCGUGCUGGCUUUACUUUGCAGGAAGCUCUCGGGGCUUUGCAUCGAGUUGGUGGAAAUGCAGACCUCGCACUUCUUGUUUUGCUAGCAAAGAACAUUGUAGUUCCUACAUAACCAUGGAAAAGUGGGCUAGACGGUACUCCAUUCCCUUAAGGAAAGCUACAUACCCACACCC